UUGGGACCCGUGGAGGUGAGGGAGUUCUGCUGCCGAACUUUGGGGGCAAAUAAGCGGGAGUGAGCUCAACCGUAUGCCUCGGCAAGGCACUGGUGCCGCUCGGAGACUCUGCCAGCCAGUGAUUUCUGUGGAUUCCAGCAACAGAGAGGACAGGAUUGAGGAGAUGCGGGGCUGAUGGGCUUCCUUUUGGAGUUUCCGGGAUCUAUUUCUUUCACUGUACAGUCUUGGCAUUUUCGUUUUAGUCCUCAUUUUGGAGUUUGCUCCGUUAUCAGGCAUUCUCAGGCUGGCCUGCUGGGAACAGGACUCCUGAAACGACAAAUAUGUCUGGAAGGCUGUGGUCCAAAGCCAUUUUUGCUGGCUAUAAGCGGGGUCUCCGGAACCAGAGGGAGCACACAGCUCUUCUUAAAAUUGAAGGUGUUUAUGCUCGAGAUGAAACUGAAUUCUAUCUAGGCAAGAGAUGUGCUUAUGUGUACAAAGCAAAGAACAACACAGUGACUCCUGGUGGCAAACCGAAUAAAACUAGAGUAAUCUGGGGAAAAGUAACUCGUGCUCAUGGAAACAGUGGCAUGGUUCGUGCCAAAUUCCGAAGCAACCUUCCUGCUAAAGCCAUUGGCCACAGAAUCCGUGUGAUGCUGUACCCCUCAAGGAUUUAAACUAACUGAAAAGUAAAUAAAUAAAGGUGUAGAUUGUUCUCUUGUAUUUUUGUUAAAUA